UCCCGCCUGUAUCCAUGGAAACGUGGGUGAGAUCUGCGCGGCACGUAUCCGAUGCGGGGACCCCCAACGGGCGAUUUUCCCAGACGUAACGCGGCCGCUCGCACACUCGUCGUCUGUUCCGCGUACGGAGCGCGCACCCACACUGCGAAUGCACCGCGACGCCGCCAUGCCCACGUAAAAAGCGUCGAAGCUGCGGUACGGAAGGAAAGAGUAAAAAUUGAAAAAUAAAAUUCGACUCGCCGCGACGCACCCGACGCCCCCGUUCCUGCUGGUUGACCGAUGCUGCCGUCGAUGCGGCCCCGGCCCGACGCCGGGACGUGUGUGAGUGCGUGAUUCCCUCCGGCCGCGGUCACAGUUCCUCGGUGCUCGGGAAGGAAGGAAGGAAGAGAGUGUCCUCGCCGCGACUGUCAUGUCUCGUUUAGAAACCACCAAGAAGCCAACGACUAAGUGAUGACGGUAUGAAUGAAGCCGUAACCUUCCUCCUGCUGAUAUCCUUGGCGUCUGGCACCGUAACCGAACACGACGACGAUGAAUGCACGACGCGCUUUCUCACGAACGCGACCGCUCCAUCCGGACUGAGUCGCGACCUGAACGAGACCCUGGACCGGAUCGGCGACAGCCUGAACGCCGGACGUAACCUGUCCGCCACGUCCUGGGACCUGGUCUCGUUCAAUCCCCGCCUCGAGGGCGUCAUAUUGGGCACGCACAAAUACGAAAUACUGGCGCUGAACAUAAACAAGAGACUGAAGAUAUUCCCCAAUCGGACGACGGAAACGGAGUCGUUCUGGAAGAGCUACAAAACGGGCGGCAAGGGCUGGAGGAGACCGUUCAAAGAUUGCCACUUUUUCAGACGGUCGUGGUUCUACGUGUACAAUUUCGAAAUUGGCGACGUCAACGGCAGUUUGUUCGUUAAGGUUGUUCUGAAUCAGUGCGAUGUCGGGCUGAAGGAGAUAUUCAAUGGGACGCACAGGUGCGACGAGGAGACCGAAAGGUGCGUGGCCGAUUCAUACGGAACGGACCAAAAGGGCCGAUACCGUUGCCUGUGCCGCGAGGGAUACUUCCAUCCGGGAGCGAACGCCAGCUGGAAAGGCUUCCACGGACAGGACGUUGAAACGGGAAUCGUCGACUCGCCCAGGUGCACGAGAUGUCCCUCGAACUGCGACGAUUGCCAGCCCAACGGGAUAUGUCUGGCCAAGAAGGAUGUUUAUUUGAAAACGGAAAUAUUAAUCGUCCAGAUCAUCUGCAUGGCGGUGACCGUCAUCCUGGGCCUCGUCGUCUUCAAACAAAGAAAAACCAAGUCAAUAGCCACCGGCAUGUGGACCAUUUUAGAAACCAUCCUGUUGGGCAUCUUCAUCCUGUACUCGACGGUUGUGGUUAGAAUAUUCGAGCCGUCGGUCGUCCAGUGCCUGCUGGAGCCGUGGGCCCGCGAGGUCGGCUUCAUCAUCUGCUACGGCGCCAUAAUCCUCAAGCUCUACCGUCACCUCAUCGAAUUCAGGACCAGGAAGGCGCACCGCUGGGUCGUCAAGGACACCGACCUGCUCAAGUACCUCCUGAUCAUGAUAACGUCGGUGCUGGCCUACAUGGCCGCCUACACCUCGAUCACCCUCAACUUCAUGCAGGAGAACUACAGCCUGCUGUACGUGGGCACCACGUCCGGCGGCGUGCUGUACCAGUCCUGCAAGUCGUUGUGGUGGGACUACGUGACCGAGACCGGGGAACUGGUCAUACUCAUCUUCGGCAUACAUCUGAGUUACGCCAGUCGUAAUGCCAGGACGCAAUUUCACGAACGGAACUUUCUUUGCGCAGCGAUCAGCAUAGAACUGACGGUCAGCACGCUGUUUUACGUAUCACGAGUCUUAAUUUUGCCGGAGCUCCAUCCCAACAUCGUUUUAAUAAUAUACUGCGUCAGAACUCAGCUGUCUACCACGGUAACUUUGUUGCUCGUGUUCGUGCCGAAGUUUUGGUACCAGCAGAAGCAGGUGCGUUCACUGGGUCAGGAGUAUUCCUGCAGGAUUCCCAUCGAGGGAUUCAAGGACAUCAACGCACACGGCCCGUUGACGGGCAACAACAGCGACGUGGACGUGGGCGAGGUAACGUUGGCGGACAUGAGCCCGGACGACAUCCGGGCCGAGCUCAAACGUCUUUACCUCCAGCUCGAGAUAUUCAAGAGCAAAACGAUCUGUCGUGACAACCCGCACAUAUCGAAAAGGAGGGGCGGCAGGAAGGCGCAGCACCGCCGCUUCAGUUUGCAGAAAAAGGGAAGCAGGGAAAAGAACUUGCACGGAAAAAACAGGGACAGGGAACGGCAGAAGCAGCAGCCGGAGGAGACGACGGAGGCGGAGCCGUCGAGGACGCCGGAGGACUCGGUGUGCAGCAACGAGGGGCCGAGCGCCGUCUACGCGGACCUGCCAUCCACCACCCACACCAGCAGCGACGUCAAAUAGCACCCGCAACCCAGAUAUUAGUUCGGUUUACCGUCACAUCAAUACAAAUAUUUGUAACCCGACCACCAUCACAUUUUUCAGUUUCCGGUUUGUUAAGCUUCGCGACGGGACGAGGGGGGAGGGGGGCGGUUAGCCGUGAUGGGAAAACUGAACGGACCUGAAGGUUCGCAUCUUUCGACGUGGAAUUAUUAAAUUUAUUAUAUCACUGUUUUGACAACGAACGUAACCAAAAUGAAAUAUAUAUUUUUUGUAUUUGAUGUUGUCGUGAACCAAAUUAAUAUUGUCACACAUUGUAAAUUAUGUGCAGUGUAAUUAAAAAUAAAAAUAGCUUAAAAAAAACCCAUUAAUCCUGCCCGAAGGAUAUUAGACUGUAAAAUAAAUCAAACCACUCAAAAUAUCCUGAGCACAUUUGAAAUCGUCCAAUUUACAUUUUAUACAGUUUACGAUUGGCUUCGUAGGACUGUUCUAAAAACAAAAAAAAAAACAAAACAUAAGUAAUGGCUAAUGUAUAUCUUAAAUGUACAAUUUCUUAGUAUUAGAAAGCUUCAAAUUCAAUUUAGUUUGUGUAGUUUAAAAUGGUAAGGGACCAAUUUAGUCCUAUGCUACUGCUGUUUUAGUUCAUUUCCAGUUAGGACUCACCUAAAAUCAAAAAUCAAAAAUAUUUGACUACUUAUGCAUGUAGAAACUAGUCAUGUUACCAAAGAUUAUCGUAUAUCAGUGUUCAUGUAAAUAGUCAAAUAUUGAACAAGAAAAUAAAAUAGAAGGAUGCACCCCCUAGAACAUGAAUAUGUAAAUUACAUAUUUAGCAUACGCAGCAUUCUUUGGCGAAUUAAAUGAAUAUUUAUAAUCCAUGAUUAUGAGAUCUAGUUCAUAAAUUUAGAUAGGUAUUCAAAUGGUUUUUUGUAAAGUUUUUGAUUAUUUUUGACAUUUAUCCAAUGCGAAAACAUAAGCAUUGUAAAGUUGAUUCUAAAGUAACUAGUACCUAUAAUGUGUUAAUUUUAAAUCUUGAACAUAAUGUAACUAAUAACUAGAGUCAUUAUUUAUUGUAAUAACAAUGGACAGUUGGAUACUGCACCGGGAAAUUAUCGCAAUGAAGUGCAUAAGUUUCUGUUUAUAACAAAUUGUUUUUUUUAUAAACAAUACUUGAACACUUCCCAAAGAAACGGUCCUUAUUAAAGAUUAUAGUAGUUAAUAGUAAUUUUAUAAUAUAUUAAAACAUGUGCCAAAAAAAAAAUAAUAUAAAUGAUUGUACCUUUUCCCAACUUUUUUGUGUGGGUUGCAAAAAAAUAUUUUUGGCAGAAACAAAAUUCCUUAAUUUACUUUCGAAUUCGGCCAGUGUUUUGUAUAGUUUUAUAGACAUGUAUUUAUUUCAUUUUGUACAUAGACGUUAUUUAUUGUUGUCACAUAUUUUAUUUAAAAUAAAGUGUUAUAAAAAAUA